AUGCUUCGUCCCGAAGUCUGGGGCUAUUGGUAUCUUAACAGCCAGUCAGGCAAGCUCGUUGACCCGGAUAUCACAGAGCUAAGAAAACCUUGGGCUGAUCCGGUUGCUAUGGAGAACAUCAUGUACAGCGGCCAUUUGCUUUUAAUGACUAGCCUGUACGCGAUGCUCUUCGACGACGAUGAGUUCGAGAAGCCGGGGUCGAUCACCUUCACUUGGGCUCCUAUAUUGUGGGGAUUCGGUCCUGAGACGUACCGUUACGACAACCGGAGUAUACAGGAGGUGAUCUUGAAGCAGAUGGAACGCAACAACUGGGUCGGUGUCUGCUGCGAGCCCAAUGUUGUGUUCGUUAUCAUCGCGAUGCGGUACAACGACGUCCGCGACGGCGUUGAUACCGUGAGUCACGUCCUCGAGAAGUACAAGAAGGCGAUCGCGGAUAGAGGGCUCUUGCGUCCUGAUGGACUCUACGCCGAGUGGCUCUACUUAAAGCAGGAUCGGAUUCGGCCUCCGGUGGGUGUAUCUUCAGUUGCGUGGUUGGUUGUCGAUGCCUAA